GUCUGUGCAAACGCAGCGAUCGCGUCGCCGUUGGUAGUCUUGGUGUUGCGUUGGCGCGUAUCACCGGGAACGACGAUGUACCGGGCGUCGUAUUCGUGAACAUCGCAGUGCCACACGUCCCAUAGACUAUGAACCGCGUUCCAACGAUUCCACGUUUCGUACGCGGUGACACAGUGUAUUGACUGAGCGUGGAUUGUGCGCCGCCGACUGAUUUGCCGCGGCUGCGCAAAUCUGAGCUCGGAGCUGCGGCCUCCGUAUAUCUAGUGGCCUGGUGGUACCGCGUACUCGGGUACUGUACCCUCGUGACUCGUUCCGUACCCUUAGUCCGUGCUCGUGGCACAUACACACCGCGUUCGACUCUCGCGUACAAUCUAGCAGCCGCGCCGUCGACGCCGACGCCGACGCCGACAAUCACCUUCUCUCACGCUGUGCUCCGUUCUCCACGCCGUCGCUACCACCACCAUCUCUCACCCUCUCUACUCACUCGCUCUACUCCUUCCACUCUCGUUCGGCGCUCGGACAACCACAGCCGCGCAACUGGCUCGCUCUCUCGCACCGGACCAAAUAUACCGCGAGAUAAAAACAUGUCGAUGACAGGCGUCGUGCGGAACGUACCGAAACGUCAGUGCCGGUCCGAUUCGGGACGACGCGUCGCGAUAUAGAGAAAGAGAGAGAAAGAGUGACGAAGAGGGAGGAAGAGAGAUCAUAGCUCAUCCGACAGAUCAACACGGUCCUUCUGUCCAAAGAAAUCGUUGCAGGACACUGUGAAGAAGAAUCGACAAAUUCGAUCGGAAUUCUUUUGGUUGAAGAAGAAGAGAGUGGUGAUUGAAAAUUCGCGUUUAUUACCGUGAUUAUUCUUCUGCCUGCAGUUUCUUUCUUUUGUUCUAUUUGCUUCGUUCGUUGGUAACUUACGGUGUGCGGUUUACUCAAAUUUGUUAUUUAACAUUGUUCUUACACGGUGAUCGUUAUUUGUGAAUCGAUUUAUCGCACGACCGGUGGACCUCGAAGACGAGUAUCCAGAAUAUUCAGGGACAUAGUGUGUGUCGACGCGUUAAGCGGUUACGGUGUCCUGUGGUUGAGCAGCCACGGCAGCCAGCUACGCUUCUCCAUUGGAACGUGUUGUUUAUGUGAUGAACGUGGUUUAAUGGUUGAUCCGCUAAAACUCUUCUGGGUUAUUACCAACAGCACCUAUUUAGUGACGAAAUUCAUCCGUAUUGGAAUAGCUGACAAGAACGACAAUCCGCCUUACUUCGACAAAGGCCUCUACGAGGCUGAAGUAGACGAAAAUGAGGAUAUACAACACACAGUUCUCACUGUCACCGCCAAAGAUCACGACGAGUCCUCGCGUAUUCGAUAUGAGAUUACGAGCGGUAACAUAGGCGGUGCAUUCGCCGUGAAGAAUAUGACUGGCGCCAUUUACGUCGCAGGUGCAUUAGAUUACGAAACGAGGAAAAGGUACGAGCUUCGCCUGACCGCGUCUGAUAACUUGAAAGAAAAUUACACGACGGUCGUGAUACACGUGAAGGAUGUAAACGAUAAUCCGCCUGUCUUCGAGCGCCCGACUUACAAAACGCAGAUCACAGAGGAAGACGACAGGACUUUGCCUAAACGCGUCCUCGGGGUCACAGCCACUGAUGGGGAUAAGGAUAGGCCACAGAAUAUCGUCUACUUUUUAACUGGUCAGGGUAUCGAUCCUGAUAAUCCUGCGAAUAGCAAAUUCGAUAUCAACCGCACCAGCGGAGAAAUUUACGUUCUAAAGCCACUGGACAGGGAUCAACCAAAUGGAAGACCGCAGUGGCGAUUCACUGUAUUUGCUCAAGAUGAAGGCGGAGAAGGUUUGGUUGGAUAUGCUGACGUUCAAGUGAACCUGAAGGACAUCAACGACAAUGCACCUACCUUCCCACAAGGCAUUUAUUUCGGCAACGUCACAGAAAACGGAACGGCAGGAAUGGUUGUAAUGACCAUGACAGCGGUCGACUAUGACGAUCCGAGCGAAGGUACAAACGCAAAACUAAUUUAUUCUAUCGAAAAGAACGUCAUCGAGGAGGAAACUGGCUCGCCAAUUUUUGAAAUUGAAUCGGAAACCGGUGUGAUAAAGACGGCGGUAUGCUGUUUGGACAGAGAACGCACGCCAGAUUAUUCUAUACAAGUGGUAGCAAUGGAUGGAGGGGGGUUAAAGGGGACGGGGACAGCAUCUAUACGAGUGAAAGAUAUAAACGAUAUGCCUCCGCAAUUCACAAAGGAGGAAUGGUUUACGGAGGUAGACGAAACGGAAGGUCCAGAUUUGCCGGAAAUGCCAAUUCUUACGGUCACUGUACACGACGAGGAUGAGACCAAUAAAUUCCAGUAUAAGGUGAUCGAAAGCAGUGGUUAUGGUGCUGAUAAAUUCACCAUGGUAAGAAAUAACGAUGGCACGGGUUCCUUGAAAAUUGUACAAUCGUUGGACUACGAGGACCAAUUGCAGAGCAACGGAUUCAGAUUUAGGAUACAAGUUAACGAUAAGGGCGAAGACAAUGACAACGACAAGUAUCACGUUGCCUAUUCCUGGGUGGUCGUGAAGCUACGCGACAUAAAUGAUAAUCAACCGCAAUUCGAGAAGGCGAAUAUUGAGACCACGGUUCCUGAAAAUGCUCGCAUUGGAAGCAGUCUCGAAACAUUCACAGCCACCGAUCCUGAUCAGGGUGGUAAGAGCAAAGUGUUCUACUCGAUCGAUAGAAGUUCCGAUCGUAAGAGACAAUUUUCGAUCAACGAAAAUGGCACGGUAUCGAUCCAGAGGAGUCUCGACCGCGAAGAAACCCCUAGGCAUCAGGUGAAAAUCUUGGCCAUCGACGAUGGAAUUCCGCCUAAAACAGCAACAGCCACGUUAACGGUAAUCGUACACGACAUAAACGAUAAUCCGCCACGAUUUCUGAAAGAUUAUAGACCCGUGCUACAAGAACACUCGCAACAGAAAAAAGUAGUAGAGAUCUCAGCGACGGAUGAUGACGAUCGAUCGAAGAGCAAUGGACCACCGUUUACUUUCAGGAUGGAUCCAAAGGCAGACGAUGUGAUUCGUGCCAGUUUCAAAGUUGAGAGCGAUAACAAGGGAGCGAACGGGGAUGGCAUGGCUAUUGUGUCAUCGUUACUAUCGUUUAACAGAGAACAACAAAAGGAGUACUUGAUACCGAUCGUUAUCAAAGACACAGGAACUCCAUCGAUGUCUGGGACCAGUACUUUAACUGUUAUCAUCGGGGAUAUUAACGACAACAAAAUGCAGCCUGGAUCAAAGGAUAUUUUUGUAUAUAACUACGCAGGACAAUCACCAGACACAGAAAUAGGCAGAGUUUACGUAUUCGAUUUGGACGAUUGGGAUUUACCGGAUAAAAAGUUCUAUUGGGAGGGUUUGGAGCACGCUCAAUUCAAGCUAGAUGAGGACACCGGUAUGAUUUAUAUGAAAUCAGGCACUCACGAUGGUAGAUAUCAUCUACGUUUCAAAGUCUACGAUCGGAAGCACACGCAAACGGAUGUCCCAGCAAACGUGACGGUCACGGUGAAAACGAUUCCUUUCGAAGCUGUAUUAAAUUCUGGUUCGGUUCGAAUAUCUGGUAUAACAGACGAAGAUUUCAUUCGUGUUUGGGAUUAUAAAUCACAAACUAUAUCUCGUAGCAAAGCAGAAUUAUUUAGAGAUAAAUUGGCGCAUUUGUUAAAUAUCGAUAGAGAAAAUGUAGAUGUGUUUAGCGUUCAAUUACGUAGAAUGCAUCCACCGUUGACAGACGUCAGAUUCGCGGCCCACGGUUCGCCCUAUUAUAAGCCUGUAAGAUUGAAUGGAAUCGUACUAAUGCAUCGUGAAGAAAUCGAGAAAGAGGUCGGUAUCAACAUAACGAUGGUCGGCAUCGACGAGUGUUAUUACGAGAAUGAAGUAUGCGAGGGUAGUUGCACAAACACCUUGGAUAUUAGCAGUUUACCAUACAUGGUCAAUGCAAACAGAACCGCCCUAGUGGGUGUGCGGGUGGAUGUAAUCGCUGAAUGUACAUGCGGAGCUCGGAACUUCAGUAAAGGGGAAUCAUGUAGAAACAGCCCUUGUUAUAACGGAGGCCGUUGCGUGGAAGGCCGAUUUGGGUUAUCAUGUCAGUGUCCUGCUGGAUAUAAUGGUCCAAGAUGUCAGCAAACUGCAAGAAGUUUCCGUGGAAAUGGCUGGGCUUGGUAUCCUGCACUAGAAAUGUGCGAUAACAGUCAUCUGAGUUUCGAAUUCAUCACUAAGAAACCUGACGGAUUACUAUUAUACAAUGGACCUAUUGUUCCUCCUGAGGCUGACGAAAUUAUGGUUUCUGAUUUUAUAUCCGUUGAACUGGAACGUGGAAUACCUCGACUGUUGAUAGACUUCGGUUCUGGUACUUUAGAGUUAAAAGUGAAACCGAAAAGAACUCUGGACGACGGAGAAUGGCACAGACUCGACAUCUUUUGGAACACGGAGACGGUGAAAUUAAUCAUCGAUUAUUGCAAAUCCGCGGAUAUCUCAGAACCGGAAGACGGCACGCCACCAGAAUUCAACGACACCAGUUGCCAAGCUCAAGGCACCAUACCACCCUUCAACGAAUAUCUAAACGUAAACGCACCACUUCAAAUCGGUGGUUUAUAUGUCGAGCAAUUCGAUCCAACUCAUUACAAGUGGAAGCAUAUGCCAGUUGGUAAAGGUUUCGAUGGCUGCAUCAAGAACCUCUUUCACAAUAGCAAGCUCUACGAUCUAGCACAUCCUGGAUUAUCAAGAAACAGCGUAGCUGGCUGCCCUCAAACCGAGGAAAUCUGCAACAACCAGGAAUCCACCUUCCGUUGCUGGGAACACGGUACUUGCGUAGGAAGCUUCACCGAAGCUAGAUGUCAAUGUAACCCAGGAUGGACUGGUCCAGGAUGUAUGACAUCCACUAUACCAACGACAUUCAAACCACAAAGUUAUGUCAAAUACGCGUUGUCGUUCGAACCGGAUAAAUAUUCCACUCAAGUACAACUGAGAUUCCGCACCCGAGAGGUCCAUGGUGAAUUGUUUAGAGUCAGCGAUCAGCAUAAUAGAGAAUACGCUAUUUUGGAGAUCAAGGACAGCAGACUGCACUUCCGUUACAAUUUGAACAGCCUGAGAACUGAGGAACGAGACAUAUGGCUGACUGCGAUAGCUGUUGAUGAUGGACAGUGGCAUACAGUUAGAGUAUCGAGAUACGGAUCAGCUGCAACUUUGGAAUUGGAUGGUGGUGAAGGAAGAAGGUUCAAUGAAACCUUCUCCUUCGAAGGACACCAGUGGCUAUUGGUUGACAAACAGGAAGGAGUUUUCGCGGGCGGCAAGGCCGAGUACACUGGAGUUCGGACGUUUGAAGUGUACGCGGAUUAUCAGAAAGGAUGUCUCGAUGACAUAAGAUUAGAGGGCAAACAUCUACCAUUACCACCUGCUAUGAAUGGAACACAAUGGGGUCAAGCAACAAUGGCCAGAAAUUUGGAAAGAAACUGUCCUUCGAAUAAACCCUGUGCCAACGUCAUUUGUCCAGAACCAUUCGAAUGUAUCGAUCUUUGGAACGAGUAUGAUUGCACAUGUGGAGAAGGAAGAAUUCCAUCGCCCGAUAGCAAAGGAUGCAUGGACAAAAACGAAUGCAUAGAUUAUCCUUGCUUGAACGGUGGUAGAUGUAUCAAUCAAGAUCCACGCUUUAGAUAUAGAUGUAUUUGUCCCGAUGGUUUCUGGGGAGAAAAUUGCGAGCUCGUUCAAGAGGGACAAACAUUGAAACUCAGUAUGGGAGCUUUGGCAGCUAUUUUAGUUUGUCUUUUGAUUAUUCUUGUUCUCGUCUUAGUAUUUGUCGUCUAUAAUAGAAGAAGAGAAUCUCAUAUUAAGUACCCUGGGCCUGAUGACGAUGUCAGAGAAAAUAUCAUCAACUACGAUGACGAGGGUGGCGGAGAAGAUGAUAUGACCGCAUUCGACAUUACCCCGCUUCAAAUUCCUAUUGGUGGCCCGAUUCCAGAAAUGGGUGGGAAGCUACCGCCAUGUAAAAUACCCUACACACUAGGACCAGAACCAAACGUGGGCAUCUUUAUAGAAGACCACAAAAAAAGAGCUGACAGUGAUCCAAACGCACCACCGUUCGAUGAUCUACGAAAUUAUGCGUACGAGGGUGGCGGAAGCAUCGCAGGUUCAUUGUCAUCGUUAGCUUCCGGAACAGACGACGAGCAGCACGAGUACGAGUACUUAGGUGCUUGGGGACCGAGAUUCGACAAGCUAGCCGACAUGUACGGACCGGCGGAAGAAAGCGAAGAAGAGGACUAAGAAUAUCAUAAAGGAUCUCUACAAUCUGUAAGCUCGCACGAUUUGUACACCCUCGGAGAAACAGUGUUUGCGUGAGCUUAAAAGAGAAGAGGGAAGAAAAGAAAAGAGGAAAAACGAAGAAAGAGACUAUCCCCUAAAAAACGUGUGUGCUCGAACGAACUUUCUAUUACGAAGACGAGAAAAAAGAAGACGUACGACAGAAUCGAAGAAAUCGUAAAAACCAGUGUUUUUUGCGUUAUUAAGGCAACAAAGACGUUCCGUUUUGUUGAUGAAACAAGUGCACGUUUCCAGGCGCAUAUUUUUUGCGAUGUGCACACGCGAACAAGAACGAGGCGACCACACGGUGUGCGCGAUUACGAGAAAAUGAAAGAGAGAGAGAGAAGAAUUAACAUCCUCUGGUCGAAAUUUUAUAAAAAUGAAGCUACUCGUCGAUGUUGAUGUCGAUUUCAUGAAAAGAGCUUUCUAUCCACUUCCCUCAGCCGUAAAACAAGAAAAAAUAAACGAACGUUAUUGCAAUAAGAAUCUCUAUCGAAUCAUGGUCAAUCGUCAAGACACACCGUAGGUGGCGCAUAAUUCUCGAAGGGUGUAAUACCUAUCUGUAUAGCACGUUACGCGUAUACGUAGUGAAUUCGCGCGUGUCAGCCUGCACGCGAGACUUUUCUAUUAUAAUAAAAUAAAUCUAUAUAUAUAUUAUAUAUAUUAUAUAUGUACGAUUCAUUAUUUUUAGUCACAGUCAUAGUUACUAUUUCUCGGUACAACCGUUCUCGAUGUCUCGGUAUUCGAUCGGUUAAAAUUAUCAUCGGCGCGACAGCAUCGGUUCUACUGGAAUUAUAUUCGUGAACACGUUACUACUGCCAGCCGUGCGCGUGAUAGAUCGUUUCUGUUUUACCUCAUCUACAUUGGGUCAUCGAAUGGCCGUAUAUGAUACUUUCAAGGGCAUUUCUCAUUUAUCCGUCUUCUAAAUCCCACUGAACUUAUUCAUCGUAUUCAGAUGUUAGCUGGCGGGAAUUCUUUCGUUUCUUCCGCGAACGCGCACCGGCUAAUAGGAACUCCCCGUGUAACGUACCAUGAAUUCGUAUAUUGACGUUGUUGAGUAUAAGGGAAGAGAGAUCUUGAGUAAAAUGGUUCAUUCGCGACGCCUUCCUGGUUCGCGCGAUGCGAACGAUCCUAAUGUGGUCUAUCGUACUAAAAAUAGGGAUUAUUUAAGAGAGAGCGAGAGAAUGUGAGCGAGAGAACGAGAGAGAGAGAGAGAGAGAGAGAGAGCGAGAGAGAGA